CCGCUUCGGUCCCGAACCAUCGUCCGUCUUCCAUUCCCGCAAACGUAUUACCUAAACCUACCUUUAAAAAGCUGACCGACGACAAUCAAGAUCUCGACGACGAGGACGAUGAUCCCGAUUUUCAUGACAGUGAAUAUGAUACACAUGCUUUUCACCGACCCAAUCAUUACAUUCGCUAUAUCGAAAUAGGUCCCUCGGUGAUUGAAUUGUUUGAUACCGUAGAAUACGACAUGGAUGAACAAGACAAUUUUAGAUGAAGCUUGGUUGCGAAUGUUGAAUGUGGAACGUAAAAAAGAUAAUCUCGGUCGCAUCUCGCCUCGCCUUUUUGAAACGAUUAUUGAUCAAUUGGAAAAAGAAUGGUUCAACUUGAUCAAGGAUCUUCCUGCACAGACCGAGGAUGAGCCUUUACUGCCUGAAGAUUCCGCUUGCAGCAUUUGUGGCGACAAUGAAGGCGAAAACAGUAACGCUAUUGUGUUUUGUGACGGGUGCAAUUUAGCCGUGCAUCAAGACUGUUAUGGGAUCCCCUAUAUUCCCGAAGGCCAAUGGUUGUGCAGAAAAUGCAUGUUGUCACCUGAAAACCCCGUCUCGUGUAUCUUUUGUCCCAAUGAAGGUGGCGCGUUCAAACAGACCAACACCAACAAAUGGGCUCACUUGUUAUGUGCGAUAUGGAUCCCCGAAGUGGGUGUGAGUAACAAUGUGUACAUGGAACCGAUCGACAAUAUUCAAGCGAUCCCCAAAAGUCGAUGGAAGUUGACCUGCUUUAUCUGCCGCGAUCGCCAAGGUGCCUGCAUUCAAUGCGACAGUCGCAACUGCUUUGCUGCAUUUCAUGUUACCUGUGCACGUCGAGCCGGUUUGUGCAUGCGCAUGAAAUCCCAGACUUCGGGUUUCGAAAGCGUGACGUUGAAAGCUUACUGUGACAAGCAUACUCCUCGUGAUUACAAAGACCCUACCGAAGUGACGAAAGACGUGCAUCAAUUGCAAGCGACCCUGUUACGGACACACUCAAGGGAGACGAAAAAGAAACGGCCAAGACGAGAAACCAUCCACCUGCAUAUGGAGGACGGCGAUGAUGAUAUGGAUUACCGACCUUCGUCCCCAUCGUCGGUCGACCAUAGUGCUGACGACGAUGAUGAUGACGAUGACGACGACGAUGAUUAUCUUUCAGACGAUACUCUUCUUUACGUACAGCGGCGCGGCAGUAAACGUCGGAAAACAUCGGAUUCAAGUGAGGACGCUGGAGCCCAGCAUGGCUAUACGAUUCCUUCGCUUCGCCACCUUCAUUCUCCUGGCUCCAAAGCGGCUCGCGCGCAUCAGCGUCAUUAUUCGGCGGGAGCCCCCAUUGCGCCUGACCCUAUACUUCUUAAAUUGGAGAGUUUGAAAUGCGUUCGGCAAGCGCAACUUCGUAUGAAACCGCAGUUGAUCACGAGCAUCUGCCGAUACUGGUCUCUGAAGCGGGAAUCACGUCGUGGUGCGCCUUUGCUGAAGCGACUUCACCUUGAACCUUGGACACAGACAUGGUCACGCAAUUCAGCGACGGGCAUGCGACAACGACUAAGUGCCAUGAAUCAGUUACGAACGGAUCUGGAGAAAAUACGCAUGUUGUCGGGUGAAGUGCAAAAACGAGAAAAGCAGAAACUGGAACGACUCCGGAAACAGAAAGCGUACCUUGAAAUUAUCCUGUACCCGGCGGAAUACGUACUUCGACCGGUAUUGAUGCAACUGAUGGAACUCGACAAGCGAAAAAUGUUUUCGGAAACUGUGAUGGCAGAUGAAGCGCUGGAUUACGCGGACCAUGCCACUCCCAUUUUAUCGUUUUCGGUGAUUCUUCAGCGCAUGGAACUUCACACGUAUCUACAGCUGGAGGAUUUUGAAGCCGACAUCAAAUUAUUAUGCCAACAGGCAAUGAAGAGUAAUGCAUCGCAUACCGCGCGUUACCGCCUCGCACAGAAACUGCUUCACCGAUUAUCUCAAUGCAUGGUAACAGCAAGGCAUCACUAUCAAGCGUUGCCAAUCACCCGGGAAGCAGGAUUGCUGGCGGUCAACAUCCAUCCCGAAAUCUUUUCUUACAAUACCACUCACAUCCCUCCACCCGACCCGCCUAGACCAUCCACUGAACAGCCCUCAAUACCUCCGGUAUCCGAGAACCCUUCCUGCGAGCUGAUCAACACGCCUGCGAAGAAGCGUCGUGGCAGACGGCGCAUUAAACCAAUCCCCACCGUAAAUGAACAUACCGAAAACGCACCGCCCUUGCCGUUCUCGCCAUCUUCGCCGUCAUCACUGGCCAUGCAACUUUGGAAAGAAAAUGCCAGGCCACCGCAUAUUCCCGACCGAUCCGAACCGGUGAAAAAUACCACCCAAGGGGCCAAGGAGUGUCCAGUGUUGAUUCCCAAAACAGAGACCACAGCUACCGAAAAACCGCCCCUGGAGUCGCGUCCGGCCACACAAGGAACACGUCGACGUACGCGCAGUAUGGGAAAUCAGAGUUUGAUGGCCAUCAUGAAUGAACUGGAGCGCAAGCGGCCGCGCAUGUCGAGUGAAGCUAGAGCGCUGUUUUGUGCUCACACCGGGUUACAACAUGAUGCGCGCAUGGUGGUGCCAUGGAAAGAGGAUCCCCGUCGACCGGCGCCCCGUGGAUGGAUGUAUUUGGAGGACAGCGAUUCGGAAGAAGAAGAAGGAGAAGAAGAAACUGAACAGCAUCCGGAGAAUGGAUUCACGUCCACUUCGCCAUCACCGCCGAAGCGACCCUCCCGGCCGGCCCCCAUCCCCUCUGUUUCUUCAAUUGUUCCCAAUCAAAUUGUAUGGGCUCGUGUGAAUGGUUUUCCGGCUCAUCCGGCCAAGGUAACCCAACCAUCUCCGUAUUUUUUCAUCUUUUGUAUUUAUUUGUAUGGUAGAUUGUCGAUCCAUCGGACGUCGAUCUCCCGAAACGCAUCCUGGCUAAAAAGGGAAACGAUACAGUCUUUGUUCAAUUCUUUGAAGUACCAGAAAAGCAUCGAUGGGGCUGGAUCAAGCGAUCCAACAUCUAUCCAUUUGGGCACAGCGACAUCGAUAAAGAAAUGUUGAUGCAAGCCAAGCGAACCAAACGUGCGGUUCGAAUUGAAGAAGCGCAAAAUGGAUACCGAUUUGCUUGCAAUUUAAAGCAACUAGA